AAAGACAAAAUGAGAGAGGGGAGCAGACAAACACAAGCAGGCCCUAAUUAAAUCCAUACAGCAGAAAGGGGAUCUGUCCAUUGAACAAAAAGAGGAGGUGGGUGCCCGGGCUGUACGCGGACCCUCCUCUUUCUGUAGGGAACUCCCUGCAGUUACUUUUAGGAGGGGCUUUUUGCUCAAUUGGAAUAGUUCUCAGCUUGUGAAAGUCCGCUUAGCAUCCCACUAGAUCCCCAGCCAUUUCUCCCACACGCACCCAAAGUAUCCCCAAGUCAUGCAGCACCCCCAGGCCUCCCGUGUCCCGCUAGUGGCUCUCCCUGUGCUGUGCGCCCUGCUCACCUUCAGCUCGGUCCGUGGAUUUAACUUGGCUGUGGAGCAGCCGGCAGUAUACACUGGAGCAGAAGGCAGCUUCUUUGGUUUCUCUGUGGAUUUCUACCUCCCAGAUGCGCAGAGCAUCAGUAUCCUGGUCGGGGCCCCCAAGGCAAAUACCAGCCAGCCAGGAGUGUACGAAGGGGGAGCUGUGUUUUAUUGCCCCUGGCAGAGAAAUGGCAUCAACUGCACAGAAAUCAGCUUUGACUCUCAAGGUGACCGGCAGCGAGAACUUCAUGAUUCUCCCCAACCUGAACACAUGGAAUCCAAGUCCGAGCAAUGGUUUGGUGCCACGGUCCGGUCGCAUGGGAAAACAAUACUGGCCUGUGCCCCACGAUACAGCUGGAGAACCAAAAAAGAUGAAAAGCACAGUGACCCUGUGGGCACCUGUUAUUUGUCUGUCAACAACUUCACCACAUUCGUAGAGUAUUCACCCUGCCGCACAGAUUUCAGCGAUGCCGCUGGCCAAGGGUACUGCCAAGGAGGCUUCAGUGCGGAGUUUACAAAGAGUGGAAGAGUUUUAUUGGGUGGACCAGGCAGCUACUUCUGGCAAGGUCAGGUGAUCACAGCAACACAAGAUGAGAUCCAAGAGGCUUAUUAUCCAGAAUAUUUUGUGCUGGAGUACAAGAAACAAAUGCAGACACGCCAGGCUGCUUCAUCAUAUGAUGACAGUUACUUUGGCUAUUCAGUUGCAGUUGGUGAAUUCAGUGGAGAUGAUACUGAAGAUUUCGUUGUGGGUGUUCCCAAAGGAAACAUGACUUAUGGCUAUGUAACUAUACUGAAUGGGACAGACUUGAGAUCCUUGUAUAACUUUUCAGGUGAACAGAUGGCCUCAUAUUUUGGUUAUUCUGUGUCGGCUACUGACCUCAAUGGCGAUGGACUAGAUGACCUGUUAAUUGGAGCACCGCUCCUUAUGGAUAGGACCCAUGAUGGCAGGGUGCAGGAAGUUGGACGCGUUUAUAUUUACCUGCAAGGAGACCGUAUGGAAGGCACACCCAAUCUGAUCCUUACUGGCACAGAAGAAUAUGGCCGCUUUGGUAGUUCAAUUGCAUCCCUAGGAGACUUGGAUCAGGAUGGGUUUAAUGAUGUUGCAAUAGGUGCUCCUUUUGGAGGAGAGGCCCAAAGGGGAGCAGUUUUCAUUUUUAAUGGACAGCCAGGGGGUGUUGAUUCCAAGCCAUCACAGGUGCUGCAAGGGCAGUGGGGCUCCUCUCAACAGCCUUCAUUCUUUGGUUUGUCCACCAGGGGAGGGCAAGAUCUUGAUGGAAACGGCUAUCCAGAUCUCAUUGUGGGUGCAUUUGGUGUGGAUAAGACACUGGUUUACAGGGGACGUCCAAUUAUUCACGCCAGUGCUUCCCUCUCUAUCUCCCCUAAUAUGUUUAACCCAGAGGAGAAGACCUGUACACUUGAAGGAAAUACCAGUGCAGUAUCCUGCAUAAACCUUAGUUUCUGCUUGAAUGCUUCAGGAAAGCACGUGCCUAACUCUAUUGGGAUUAAAGUUGAGCUACAGCUGGACCAAACCAAGCAGAAGGGAGCGGUGAAGCGAGCGCUGUUCCUGAAAUCCCGCCAGCCCCAGCUGACCCAGACUAUUCAUUUACUAAAUGGAGGCCAAGAGGAAUGUCGUGCCAUGAAGAUCUACCUCAGGGAGGAGUCAGAGUUUCGGGACAAGCUCUCUCCAAUUUACGUCGGCCUGAAUUUCUCUCUGGAUCCACUGGCACCAGCUGAUGCCCACGGUCUCAUGCCCAUCUUCAAUUACAAGACCAAGAAUUAUAUUGAGCAGAAGGCUCAGAUCCAGCUGGACUGUGGCGAAGAUAACAUCUGUGUGCCAGAUCUGAAGCUCAAUGUCUCAGGUGACCGGAAAUCUGUAUAUCUUGGGGACGAGAACUUCUUGACAUUGUUCUUUAAUGCCCAGAACUUGGGGGGAGGAGCCUACGAGGCGGAACUUUAUGUCACAUUGCCCCCAGAGGCAGAGUACAGUGGCAUAGUGAGGAACAACGAGAAUCUCUUGAUUUUACCUUGUGCUUACGAGUUGGAGAAUCAGACCCGCCUGGUGAUCUGUGACCUUGGAAACCCAAUGAAGGCCGGGGCCAGUCUUGCAGGGGGUCUAAGGUUCACAGUGCCACAUCUACGUGAUUCAAGCCAUAAUGUGCAGUUUGACUUCCAGAUCCGCAGCAAAAAUCAAAAUAACUCCCAAAGUGAGACGGUGCACUUGGCAUUAAAUGUUGAAGCCCACAGUGUAGUAUCAUUUUUUGGCGCCUCAAAGCCAGACAGUGUUAACUUCCCUGUUGCAAACUGGAAACCUGGCAGGAAUCCCAUGACGGGGCAGGAGGCAGGUCCGGAGGUCAAACAUGUGUAUGAGCUGGUCAACUUUGGGCCAAGUUCCAUCAGUCACGGAAUCCUAGAGCUGAGAUGUCCAAUGAGAGUCAACAAGGAAUAUGCUAUGUAUGUGAUGUCUUAUGCUGUGCAAGGUUUGACCAACUGCACCUCUAAUCACCCAGAUAAUGCUCUACAUCUACAGCAUUCACCCACAGACCACCCACCUACUCCAAAUCCCAAACCUGUCCAUCAUGUGGAAAGGCGAGACACUGCCCGGAUCAUCUCAGGAGCAUCUAAUGUUCUGAAAUGCAAUGAACCCCAUGUGGACUGCUUCCAUCUACACUGUAAUGUUGGGCCACUGGAGAAACAAAAGCGAGCCAUCCUAAGGGUAAAUUUCCUCAUCUGGGCCAACACCUUCAUGCAGAAAGAAAACCAGGGAUUUAAUCUUCAGUGUGAAGCACUCUACCAUAUACAGAGGCUGCCAUACAAAAUUCUUCCUCACGUGUAUCCUAAAGGGACACAUCAGGUUGACACUGCAGUUCAUUGGACAAAGCCUGAAAGUAGCUAUGGAGUCCCACUGUGGAUCAUUAUCCUGGCAAUUCUAAUCGGGCUUCUCCUGCUUGCGUUACUUAUAUAUGUCCUGUAUAAGCUUGGCUUCUUUAAACGUUCUUUGCCAUAUGGAACUGCCAUGGAAAAAGCCGAACUGAAGCCCCAGGCUGCAUCAGAGGCUUAAUCCAUUCCUUCAUCCACAUCCCUUGCACUGCCAAAGAAUCCUCAGAGGGGGAGGUGAAAGAAGAGCCAAGGGCCAGCUUUACAUUGACCCAAUGUUUGGGAGGGAGGGAAACAAGGACACACUGACAUCCCCCAGGAGACCUAUACAGAAUAGAAUAACUGGCUGAUAACUAUGACAAUAUCAUGGCUGAAUCUUUCUGCUUUCCACUGAAGAGGAGUUUAUUAAGGGGAAAACUAGAGGACAAUAUGUAUAUUUAAGAAUUCAGGACAGUUCCUCAGGUCAUAGGGUGGCAGAAAACAUUUCCCAUACCAAAGGAGAAGAAAGCUUUAACAUGGAGUUCUGAUUCCAGUUCCUCGGCUACUCAUUUCCCUCAUGUUUACUGAGGCCGCAAACAGCAAGCUCCGGGUUUUAAUCAUUGCUGAACUGUAAGUCGGGGGCCUGUGCCUGCUCUGGAUUUAAAUGGUCUGCUUAAUGGAAGUGACUUCAAGGCAGUGAAGACCUCAAAACUGGACCUUUUUUCAUUGGUCUGCUCAAAGGGGUUCAAUGCAGUAUUUCUGUAGAAGAAAGAUGUUAAAUUAUUGUGCUUCUGGCACACGGUGUGCGCUGUGUAUAUGCAAUCAUAAGUAUAUAUUAGACUGGAGAUUUCCCAUAGCAGUCAUAUCGGCAUGACUAGGUGGCUACCACGUAUUUGGCCUCUGUCCAGCGCUAAAUCUAAGGUUUGGCUUUCACUCCGUCUAAAGUAACCACUUCUGUAGGAGAAGUAGGAUAUGCCUUCCGACCAUAAUAUACAAACUCCUCUUCUGACCUCCUGGAGAAUUUAGGGGGGUCCUAUAGCUCAUAGGGUUCCAUUGGUCUCCAAUCCCUUAAGUCGCUUGCUUUUAUGGGGGGUGGGGGGCAGGGGAGUGUUUUUUGUUCUGUUUAUAUAGCACUACUUAGUAAGCAAGGCCCACGUUGACUGUCACUUCCCGUAUCCUAGGAAUGUUACUCCUAUGGCACAUGAUACAAGCAGGGUUUAGGGUUCUAAAGGCGUAUGGAUGUAUCAGAGAGACUGUUGCACGGACCCAAAGCCCAUUUCCCCUUUGUUCUGUAUAUACUGAGGAUCCAGAGCUUUCUGUGUGACAGAUCAGAGAAGCGGAUGCCAAAGAUGCCAGCAUCUCUUGCCUUGAUAGGACAAUGGGCUGUUUGGUGCCCACCAAGCACUGACUCUUGAAUGACCACUUCUCCGCUUGGGAACCUCUAAUCCACGAUGGUGCUUUAUGUUGCUUGGUUCCUUUUCAAUGAAGUGCCGCCAUGACACAGGCUUGAGGGCUUUGCUAUCUGGCUGAUAUUUAAAAUGGUUUGCAAGUGCAAUAAAUGUGUUUUUAUCUGUUUUUAAUAAAUAUUUUUUUACAGUGUAUUUCCUAUGAAGAAUGGGGUUGGCUAUUUAGAUUUUUGUAUUGCUAUUUAAACCCUCCAAAGCCAUUUAGGUGUCCGGAUUUGCACAUUAUUUACCAUGGCCAAGUCUGGGUUCAUUCAGUAUGUGGAGGCACAGGAUAGGUUACCACUAUACAUCUGCCAACGAUACGUGCUGAAUAGGAUUGGAAGCUGAAUCCUGGCUCUGUGCAGUGUUCAGUAGUCCAGCGGGGCAGUGCACCCUCUCCAGGGAGUUACGCCUAUUGGAGUGGGUUCUCUAGUGAUGACGGCAAGUUUCUGCCCCAAUGAAAAAGAUUUUAAUCAGCCACCAAUCAUUGGAGGGGGUAAAAACAACCAAAGGCAAAGUAUAUUCUAUGCAAAGCCUAAGGGGUGUAGUAAUAAUGAGCACCCUGCCCGACAGCCAUCACUUGUGCUGUUACAAUCAAUUCCUUUGUGCCCCUUUUAUUUUCAUUCUCCCAUAUUGGGUGAAUUUUACAUUUUCCUUCUGCCCAGAGGGGGGGGGGGGUUGAACUGUAUUAAAUUCUUAACUGCUGGAAGGUUUUCAACACCCAAAAGAUUAAGAAUAGGAAUAUUCUUUUUUUUGUGUGGGGGGAGGACGGGGAGGCAAAGACUGUCUUUCUCAGGGGUAUUAAAGUGUAAUAAAAUGUUUUAAACAAA